AUGGCAGGCGACAAACCCCCUACCAUUCAAUCGCUCGACAGACCAGAAGAUCUCAAAGGCUUAUUGCGUCAAGACCGCGGUGAUGACUGUUUAAGCUGCAAAGUCGUUGGUAAGGAGCGGCGCAUUCUUCGGACUGGCUGCAUACAGCUAUUUCUCUGGCAUGUCACAGCUGGAAAAGCAGCGCCAAGCCAUCCUGCAGAGCAAGUCCAUGUUUGGCAUGAGAAGUCGCAGGUUCGGAAUUACUGGUAUUUCACUGGGCUUGGUAUGGAUGGGUCUUUGGAGGGCUUUCCGGUGAUUCGUCAUGGACAGUGGUUUGUACAAAAUUGUAGCAUCUUGUAA